AUGUUUAGUUUAUACACGGAAGAUGAACCAAACCAUAAAAUAGGAUUCUCCUCAUACAAAACUAUAUUUUAUAAAAACUUUAAUUUAAGGCGCAAAGUUCCAGUUAAAGAUACUUGCAAUUUAUGUGAUAGUUUUAAUGCUAAAAUAAAAAAUUUUCAACACGACGUUGUACUUAGAGAGGAACAGGAGUUGCAACACAAACAGCACUUACUAAAGGCACAGGAAGCAAGAGAAUCAAUGAAGCAUGACAUGGAGGAGGCAAAAACAAACAAUAAAUUGGAGACCGCAACGUAUGACAUUGAAAAAGUUUUAGGUUUGCCAAAACUCCCCACUAACAUCGUAUAUUACAAACGACAACUGUCAAUUUAUAACGAAGGAGUACAUACAAGCUCGAACGAUACACCAUAUUGUUUUGUGUGGAAGGAGGGAACUGCGGGUCGGGGAGCUCAAGAGGUAGGAUCUUGUCUUAAAAAGUUUGUAGACAUGUAUUUAACUCCAGAAACAGAAGAAUUAAUAUUAUGGUCUGACUCAUGUGGGGGGCAAAACAGAAAUAUUAAAAUUGUAUUGCUACUAAAAGCCAUUUUAGAAGCACAUCCUUUACUUAAAACAAUCUACCUCAAGUACUUGAUACCCGGCCACAGUUUCCUACCCAAUGACACCGAUUUUGGAGAAAUUGAGAGAUCUAUUAAAUACCAAAUACAUAAUCUGGUGUUCUUGGCUUCAAGUAGUAAAGGCACUCCUGAAAGGUUGAGUCAAUUAAGUGUUGAUGAGCAACCUGAAGCCGCUUCAUCAUCGGCGAAAAGAUCCCGAGGUAUGAUCAAUAUCUUUAACGAUGAAAAAGUCGUAGCAGCUCUAGAUAAGAGCAAAGUUAGUAACAGGGAUGCUGUUCAUCUAGCUGCAGCAAUAGUGCAAUCUUUGAGAAUUGAUCUCGAGACCGUAACUUUAAAUAUGUCCUCAGUUCGAUUAGCCAGACAAAAAGUUCGUGAUGCAAGGGCUAUAAAAAUUAAAACAUAUUUUAAAACCAUGGAAUUAAAGGCUCUUGUCCUGCACUCUGAUGGAAAACUCAUGGAAGAUGUAAAUAAAAGAGAAAAAUUUACCCAUUCUAGUGGCAAAUGGAAAUAUUGA